UAACUACUAUUUUAUUUUGUGUUUAUUUCUAUAAAUACCAUUAUCAUCAUGUUCAUCUUCCUCAAAUAUUGAAAGAUGGAGUUUAGCAAUGACCCUGUUUCAAUGGCGACAGUUGCACCCGGGGCACCUGUAACAUCCGAACGUCCUAUUCGCAGUGAUCUUGAGUCAUCCAUUCCUAAACCCUACAUGGCUAGAGCUAUGGUUGCACCUGACAUGGAACAUCCCGAUGGCACAGCAGAUCACAACGCUCGUGGCUUGAGCGUGGUCCAACAGCAUGCCGCCUUCUUUGAUCAAGACAACGACGGCAUUAUUUAUCCUUGGGAGACUUACACCGGAUGUCAAGCACUUGGGUUCAAUAUAAUAUCCAACGUUCUCUUUACGUUCUUUACUCACCUGCUAUUUAGUUACCCAUCUCUCCCGGGUUAUAUUCCAUCUCUCUUGUUUCCAAUUUACAUAGCCAACGUACAUAAAUGCAAGCAUCCAAGUGUUUCUGGAACAUAUGACACGGAAGGAAGGUAUGUGCCAGCAAAUUUUGAGAACAUGUUCAGUAAAUAUGGCAAAACUACACCUAAUAAACUAACAUUCAAAGAGAUAUGGAGUAUGACAUCAGGAAAUCGUGUUUCACUUGACAUCAUUGGAUGGAUAUUAAAUAAGGUCGAGUGGGUUGCUGUGUACUUAAUUGCAAAAGAUGAAGAAGGUUACCUGUCAAAGGAAGCCAUGAGAGGCGUCUUCGAUGGCAGUUUAUUCGACAAAAUUGCCAAAAGGAAUGCAACCAAGGGUAAAAAGAGACGUUGAUAAUGAUCAUAUAAGCCUAUACAUAAAAUGAACAUAUCAAUAAUGCAAUAAAAGUUGAAGUAUUUGUAUUCAACAACAAAACUUAAAUACCUUAAAUCUGUGGAUAUUGUAAACAACAUUCGAAAAAAAAAACUUGGAUUGCUAUUGCACAUGGA